ACAGCUCUGUCAUCUAUACUUGGCCAUAUUACAUCGUAAUUCGUUUUCCUUCGUGACGCGCCGCACAGAUAAUCCGAAUUUCCCGUGUUUUUCGGUCGCAUUACCCCGCUGGUUUCGAAAUUUAGCAAUACGUGCGCGUGCCGGAGUCGAUUGUGUGUUGAUUGAUUGCAUUUUCGUGCGUGAGGAGCUUACGGCAGCAGCAGCAGCAGUAGUAGGCUGUGGUGUGGAAAAGUAAGCGCAGGAGACGACGACAGCAACAGCCUGUGGAUGCGCUUAUACGAGGACUCCCAGCGGCAGCAGCAGGCACGGAAGGUCAGCACCGGAGAUUCCUACGAAAACAUGAGCGACGAUGACCGGGACAUCGACAUCGACAGCGAUGAUGGAGAGGAUUCCGAUAAUACGAAAUCGCAGCGGAAUUCGGCUGGGGGCCAAAUUUACUCACAGGCCGAGAAGCGUGCUCACCAUAAUGCACUGGAGCGAAAAAGGCGCGAUCAUAUAAAGGAUAGUUUCACGUCUCUUCGUGACUCGGUUCCAUCGUUGCAAGGCGAAAAGGCUAGUCGUGCACAAAUUCUCAAGAAAGCCGCAGAAUACAUCCAGUUUAUGAGACGUAAAAACAACUCCCAUCAACAGGACAUAGAUGACCUGAAGAGGCAGAAUACUUUGCUGGAAACACAAAUCCGUCAGCUGGAACAGGCACGUGCCACCGGGAACUUCGGUGACGGCAGCGAUCUCGGACUAGGCAUGAACGAUAGCUCACGCGAAUCGGACAGUUCGGACGUUGACGAUGGUGCCAGCAAUAAUGGUCUGGGCGGAAUCCAUCGGAGCAAGAAAAUGAAGACCAACUCGAACUAUUGAAUCAACCAGCCAAUUAGCACGGGCGUUGGUUGCUGGCACGGAGCCACUCCCCUAGGUUUAGGCAUUUUACAGCGGAAUAUGGUGAGAUAAAAGCUGGAUGGAGCGGUGGUUGUCACAGGCCAAGGUAAGAAGACCACUUAUUUUUACUGAAAAUGAUGAUACCAACAACGCAUACUAUUGAUACAUCCUGAAAAAUUUUAUCUUCCUAUAUUAUUGCAUAUACUUUUAUGUUAACCUGUAAAUGAAGAAAUUAGUGAUACGAUACCGAUUUGAAAUCUAUAGUGUACAAAAAGUUUCAAUUUUAUUUCUGUAAUUUUGUACUUCACAUAUUUUUUUGUAUUUUUCUUUGUUUAAGAUUCGUUGAAACAGAAGUAAACGAAUGACAAAAAGGCAAAUCAGGAUGAGAACAAACAAAAUAUAUUAUAACUAAAAAUAACAGUUAGUGGAUUUGAAAAUCUAGCUUUAUGUGUUUUUUAAACAAUUUUGAUUAGCCUUAGUUA